AUGGUGUAUCCCAUGCCCUUGAUCAACGACCUACUGCAGGACCUGGACAAAGCGAUAUGGUACUGUUUAUUAAAUAUGGCCAGCGGAUUCUGGGUUGUGGCGGAGAAAGCACAAAUGACUUCUGCUUUUAUUAAGCCUUCAGGUCUGUAUGAAUGGCUACGUAUGCCGUUUGGGUUGAAAAACGCGCCGCAGAUAUACCAGUGUAUGGUGGAUAAUGCAUCGUACGGGUAUCUCACGAUCGGCGAACAGCGGAGUACAAGUGGUCGCGAGGUGUCACAACCGGUCGACGUGUUCACGAACGACGAGCCGGACCCGCACCGAAAGCCUUCAGUGUUGGGGCGGAGGUCCUAUAUUGAUGACAUUCUGAUCUUGGCGUCGUCCUGGACGUCCCUCGAUCAAAAGGUAAACAGGCUGUUGUAA